AUCUCAGUAUUGUAUUGACUUUGCUCUAUUUGAUCUUGGAUUAGCUUAUCUGUGUGCAUAUUAUUCAGAUAUUUAUUGCUAUUAGUCAUUUGUUAUAAGGAAAUCAGUUUAGAAUAUAUAACUGUGUCACAAUGAAUAUUCUUUUGAUUGGAGAUUCGAUGAUUAAACGCUUGGAAGCGCAUUUAUCUGAGGAUUUGGAUGUUAUUUUUUACCGAGGAACAACCAUUGAGAGGUUAACCAGUAGAAUUUCUAAAAUAAAGAAACACUAUGAUUGGAUUUUAGUGCAUGUGGGCACCAAUAACAUAUCAGUUGAUAGUGUAGAAAUAAUACUUCAAAAGUAUAGGUCACUGGCUAAUGAGAUUUUACGAGUCAAUCCAAAGGCAAGAAUUUUCUCCAGUAUCAUUCCUAGAGAUUUUAAUUACUUUGAAAACGAUUACUGGAAAACUGUUGAACAUAUAAAAAUCUUAAACCAUAAGAUUGAAGCUGUAAAUAAAGCUUUAGAAAAGUUGUGCCAUUAUGAAGAUGCUUUUAUCUUUUGCAGUUCUAACAAGCCAUCCUGGUCUGGUUUCCUGGGAAAAGAUGGUUUACAUCCUAAUAAAAGUGGUGAUCUUCGCUUGGCCAAUUAUUUCUGUAGGUUUUUAAAGAAAUGCAUUUCUUCAGAUAAUGCAUCUCGAAAGAUUCAGCUGAAGUAAUCAAUUCUGCAUUGAAAUUGGAAUGGAGAACUAAUUUUCAUGGAUGUUCAAGAACCUUUUAAAUAUGCAAAGCUUUAUUUAAUGUAAGCUGAAA